UCACAAGACUUUCAAGGCAGUACACAAAACAACAGAACCCAAAAUGGAAAGGAGCCGUAGGGUUCACCAAAUGGUGAGCCAGAGCUUCUUGUCGCGCACCACGGUGACCGAGAGCAUGGCCAAGAUGGCGAUCCUGAAAGUGGACAGUUCCGAGACCGUUGAGAACAAGGUGAUCAAGACCCUAAUGAUGAUCGAGGAAAUGUUUCGCACUUACUUUGCAUCCUACCAAAAGGAGCUGGAACUGCAGAGGAUCGCGGCGCAGAGCAUCAACCAGCAUAUCCACCGCUACAGGGUCACCACGCAGGAGGGCAUGAGCUGCAUGUGCCCCCAGAUCUACGAGGUCGAGUCGGAGGAUGCAAUGGUCACCAAGUACUCCCUGGACUACCAGGUGAUCGUCAGUUCCAACAAGAGCCAGUGCUGGGACAUCCAUAGACUGCGUCCGUUUGUCCUGCUCUUCCGGCGCGAGUGCGCCAAGUUGGAUCUAAAGGAAGAGAGUCCCUUUAUCCUGGGCGACGCCUUCCACAAGCCCAUCAAGUUCUACAUGGACCUGGUGGAGGAACUCUUCUCCUACUUCUACAGUGGUCACCUCGAGCUGGACUCCGCUGCCCGCCUCUUGAGUCCUUGGGAUUUGGACAGCGUGGAGUACUACCAGAAGCUAUUGGCCCCCAACGAGGACUUCGAUGAGUACUUCAUGCACAACAUAAGCUUUUGCGAUUGCCUGCGGGUGCCGCCCAAGUGUCAAUUGAAUGAGUCUUCAGAUCUUCUGGUGAUCAAGGAUCGGUCGGAGCCGUUUAUUAACGAGGCCAAGGAAAAGAGGUGUGCCAGGCGAUUCGCCAAGAUGGCCGAGUCCAGACGGUCCACCAACGAAUCGGACCAGAAUAAAUUUACACUGAACUUUGCUGAGGAAUCGGACAUGGAACAAAGAUCCAGGCUAAGCCACCAAACCCGAGACCCUCGGCUCCUCGCUUCGGAAAUUGAUCGCUUCCUACGCUGCUCUGCGGAAAAUAAUUCGGUGGUCUUUGGUUCCCCCAUAGUCCCCCCCAAUUAGUCA